AUGAAAAAAGUGUUAGUUCUAGUAUUCAAUAUUUUAAUUAUUAGGAUGGAGUAAAUUUGUCUAUUAAUGAUCUGAAGGACAUUUUAUCAGGAAAUUUAGAUGUUGUUGUUGAAAUUUAAGAUCAUGUUAAAAACGUAAUUAUUAUAGGUUAUAAAUUAGCAUAUACUUCAAUCCAGAAAUACAGUUGAUUUGAUUGUUUAAAAGAAAAUACCAAUUUAUGGUAUUAGUACAGGAUUUGGUAAAUUCAAAGAAGUAAUUAUGAAUAUAACUAAUCAGAUUUACAUCCCUCAUUAGGAAAUGGUCGAUUUAUAAAAGAACUUAAUUAUAUCACAUGCCUCAUGUGUUGGAGAACCAUUAUAACCAAACAUAGUUUUGGUAAUGAUGAUUUUGAGAUUAAAUUGUUUAAUCAGAGGGUUUUCAGGUGUAAGGAUGUCUCUAAUUGAAUCUCUACAAUAAGCUAUAAAUAAGAAACUUAUUCCCAAGGUUCCAUGUCAAGGAUCAGUUGGAGCAUCCGGAGAUCUUGCACCUUUAUCACAUUUAGCUUUAGGACUCAUGGGAAUUGGAGAGAUUUGGAAUGACAGAUAGUAUAUACCUGCAGAACAGGCUUUAAAAUUGCAUAAUUUUGAACCUUUAGAAUUCAUGGAGAAGGAAGGAUUGGCUAUGAAUAACGGAACUCAAAUGAUGGCUGCAAUAAACUUAGAAACAUUGAUGAGAUCAUAGUAAGUUAUGAAUGCUGCAGAUCUAGCUUUGGGAUUAACAAGUUAUGCUUUAUAGAGUAAUAUUUAUCAUCUAAUAUAGCCAAUUAUCAUUUCUUAAAAAAUUACUCUAAGAGUGAUAACAAAUCAAGGAAUAUAGUAUUCAGUUUAAUUGGAGAAGAGUGGGCAGAUUAAAUUAAAACUAAUCCUAAAAGCAUAUCGACUGCAUUUACUACACAUUAAAUUAUUAGAUAGUCUAUUGAAGAAAAUCUAAAAGUUUUAGAAAGAGAGAUUAAUUCAACUAGUGAUAAUCCAAUUAUUGAUAAUGAACGAUAAUCAGCUAGAUCUGGUGGUAAUUUCCAUGGUGAAUAUAUGGGAAUGUUGGCUGAUAAUAUGUGCAUUGCCUUGCAAAGACUUUGUAUAUUUAGUGAGGUAAUAUGAUUACACUCAGUAUUAAUUAGAGAAGACAAGAAAGAUUGGUUAAUUCUGAAAUUGGGGAUUGUGGAUUACCAAUGUUUUUAACUUCAAAAGGGGGAUUAUUGAAUGGAUACAUGAUUCCUCAAUAUACUAGUGCUGCAUUAGUUUCUGAAAAUAAAGUACUUAGCCAUCCUAGUUGCAUUGACACUGUUCCGACUUCUGCCAAUAUCGAAGAUCAUGUAUCUAUGGGAGCCUAUAGUGCUAGAAAAGGAUUGCAAAUAGUUUAGAAUGCAGAAUACAUUAUUGCUAUUGAAUUAAUGUGUGCAGCAUAAGGGUUGGAAUAUGCUAAAAUCUAAUUACCACCUAAGAUUUAAAGUUGUCUCAAAUUCAUCAGAAACCUCAUUCCUGACGUUAAGACUCAAGUAUAUUAUAUAAGUAUUUUAGGAUAUUUUUAUGAACUAAUACAUUGAAAUAAUGGCUAAGAAUCUGAGAGAUGGUCACAUAAAUCAAUUAAUGCAAGAAUUAUAAUUAUUAUGAAUAUACAUAUUUCUAUUA